AUAGAAGAAAAACCAGCAAGGAGGAAGCUCAAGUUUUCUUCAAUUUUUCACAUUGGAGCUACAUUGUGUUUCGAUUUGGUGCAUCAAGAGUUGGAUAGGAAGAGUUUGCAGCUCAUUUCAAGCUUGUUGUAAGAGCAAACUUCACUUUAUUAUUUGCCUCAACUUCAACUUUCACAAAACUAUCCUAAAAUGUCUACUUCGGCUUCUAGACCCCCCAUGAGAAAGGACCCUGCUUGGAAAUAUCAUGAGGAUUUUCCAGGGCAAGGAAAGGGGCAAACAAAAUGUAUGUUUUGCAAAACAAUAUUCCAUGGAGGUAUAUAUAGGUUGAAAUACCAUAUUGCUGGUGUGCAUGGACAUGAUGCCGAACCAUGCCUAAAAGCAGUCUCUGAGGCCAUACGUGAUUGUUAUGUAAUGGUUGAGGAGAUUGAAAGAAAAAAGAAACAAAAGGAGGAUCGAGCGGCCAUUGGGAGAGAGACAGUUUUAGGAAGAGGGACACAGUUAGGUUGUGUUGGAGGCCCUUCUUCCUUACCUCCAUAUCGUCCCACUCAGUUUGCUACUGCUGGUGCUUCCGUUUCUGCUUCUGCUUCUAUAAGUGGCAGUGCCACUACCACCGCCACUUCUCAUGCUCCUACCACUAGUAGUCAUAGUGGGAAUGUUACCAUUGGACCUAGGAUUCAUAAAUCUAGGUUGGAUUCCUUCUUUGUGCCUCGCACUACUCCUGGGUCCCAACCGUCGCUUGAGGGCAUGGGUUGGAACAAGGAGGUCCAUGAUGCUGCUAAAAUGGCAAUUGGCAGGUUUUGGAGCUACAGCUGUAUUCCAUUCUUUGUAGCCAGGUCUCCUUAUUGGCAACAAAUGGUUGAUGCCAUUACCAUAUGCGGGGCGGGGUUCAAAGCCCCUAGUGAGAGUGAUUUGAGGGGACCCAUUUUGUCUCAAAUGGUGGAUGAUGUGAAAAAGGAUUUAGAUGAACAACGCCACAUAUGGAGCACUAAAGGUUGCACCAUCAUGACUGAUGGUUGGACAGAUAGGAGAAAUAGAACUCUCCUUAAUUUUCUUGUUUCUUCCGCAGGUGAUUGAUUAAUUUUAGUUUCA